UCUGGGAGGUGCCAAGAUGGACGCUACGCGGGCCCGGGAGCAGCUCCGGCGGCGAUACCUGUUCCCACCGGACACCGAGGCCCCGCUGGACAGCGAGGGCUACGCCGGGCCGGAAGCCACUACAGCUGUUGAAAAAAAGGAGAAACCUCUUCCAAGACUUAAUAUCCAUUCUGGAUUCUGGAUUUUGGCAUCCAUUGUUGUGACCUACUACGUUGAUUUCUUUAAAACCAUUAAAGAAAACUUUCACACUAGUAGUUGGUUUGUCUUUGGCGGCGCCCUGCUGCUCCUCAGCCUGUCGAUUGCAUGUUACUGCAUCCUCUACCUGGAGUGGUGUCAUGGAAUUGAAGAUUAUGACGUCAAGUACCCCACCUUGAUACCCAUCACAACUGCUACUUUUAUCACGGCCGGGAUUUGCUUCAACGUUGCUCUGUGGCAUGUGUGGUCCUUCCUCACCCCGCUGGUGUUGUUUACUCAGUUCAUGGGGGUUGUGAUGCUCAUCUCACUCCUUGGAUGAUUUCUAAAGCGCUUCUUCGAUAUGGCACCCACCCUUCAGAGAUGUCACCAAGACAGUAUCUGCACCCUCCAGUAUGGAAAAGUUCACGCUGUAGGUUAUUUUCUCCUGAAGUCAGCUUCCAUCACCUGAUACACACGUGACGACUGGCCAGGUCGUUCUGACGGAUUGGCAACGUAGGAAGAACGGGCACUCUAACCCACUCUGACUGUUCUGGCUGCUUCCUAACGGACGAUGCAUCAACCUUUUCCUUCCAUGUUCCUUAUAGGAUUUCUUCCUCUCCACCAACAACUGCCCCCCUGGGCCCGCUGCCUUGUACAGUGGGGUCUGUUUGUCGAGUAUCAGAUGACUCAUUUAUCACACAAAUAUGUAUUGAGAACACUCCCUCUGCGUGCUGAGGGACAUGGGGAGAAAGACCGAGGCAGCCCCUCCCUUCCCGUCACUUACUUCAGAGCUUGGAGGACAUCUACUUGGUGCAUCACUUUACAGGCAUGAAAACAGGCCCAGAGAAGUAAAAGUUAAUAUAUACUAAGUAAAUGACUGGGGUGCUAAAGAAAACUGGCUUCAGCUAACAGCAUGUGCUCCCUUUGGAGCUUUAUUUUUUCUUUUUAAAGAUUUAUUUGAGAGAGAGAAGGAGGGAGCGCACUAGUU